AUCACAGGGACGCAGAACCCGUAGAGGACCGACACCGAGGCCGCAUCGUCUGGCAGGAGUUUUUACAUAGCAGGUCUGUGUGGGUAUAUCUGUUCUCCUGUCCUCUAGCCUGGUUGCCAGAGGCGCUGCGAGGCAUCCGUGUAUGUGUGUGUGUGUCACAGGAGGAGAAAGCUGUAGGAGUUUUUAUAUUUUUACUACAGUGGAUCAAGCCUCCCGCUGCUGCCUUUCCUCCGCCUCCCCCUUCAAAUCGUCAGACCCCUGUGGAUUAGUUAGUUGAUUUAGCGGGACAUGGCGGAGAUUUUAAGGAGAUUGACCAAUGCGUCUUCGUUCAGCGUCUUACAGGACAAGCUUGAGAACUGGCACAAAGACUACCACGUGUUUUCCUGUGAUCAGAAUGUGAACAGAUGUUGUGAGCUGAUCGAGCACACUGCCAAAAUUCAAGGCCAGCUGUUUAACAUCCUAAACUUUACUGUAGCUGAGGGCGGUCACUAUGGUGGAGUGGACACUCUUAAAUCACGUUUUCUGCCUUGGCUUGGAAGCUCUUUCUCCAUUUCAAGGCCCUCCAUCGCAGACGACACCAGCCUGCAGCUCAUCCAGGAUGCAGCAGAGAUGGACAGAAGGAUGAAGGAGCUUGCUUUGGCCCAUGAGAGCGAGAUAAGAAAGCUGGAAGUUCAAUUGAAAUCGACGAGCAUCCAGCUGGAGUCGGUCACUGCAGAACUCGUGGAGGCUCAGAAGAAGCUGGACCACACAAAGUGCAGGUCGGCGACCACCCUGCUCGCCACCGAGGACGAGAUCUUGCAGCUCAAAGCGGAUUUGCGUUCUACAAACGAAGAGUUGGAGUUGUAUAAGAGGAAGAAGGACUCAGUUCACGACUACGAGCGGCAAAUUCGCCUGUUGAAGGAUGAGUUAGCUUAUCUGAACUCAGAGAAGAUCAUACUGCAAGAGAGGUUGGUUAGAAGUCGCUCUCCGAGCCCCUUGAACGUGUUGAGCCGCUCAUCCAGCCCACUGAGGAGCACGUCGCCCACAAGAGCCCAGCUGACCAACUCCUCGCGCCACGCACGCCUCGUCUCGCGUUUCAGCGAUCUGUACACCAUGGAGCGUCUGGACGCACAGACCCUCCUACGGCGCUACAUCCCAGACUUAGAGAUGGUCCAGAGAAUCAUCUUCAUCGCUGUGAUGGAGUCCUUCCAAAAAGCAAAACUGGCCUAUCGUAAGUUCAAGCAGCAGGUGAGAAAGACGUUGUCCACAUCCCACUUUGGUCCGGAGAGUCUCGAGGACGCGGCUGUGGAUUACAUUGUUAGGAACCUGGACCUCUAUGAUGUCCUGUGCAGUGUCAAUGAUGUAAUCCUUGCUAUGAACAAGAACCCCCAGAUCUCUUUCCCUCCAGAAGUGGACUUCAGACUCAUCAGUCCCUUGAUCAGAGAGACCUGCAGGGUGGCUUUUGCCAUGCAAACACUGGACCCACCUCUUGACUUGGCCUACGGAAACAACGGUGAACUAUUCAACAACGCCAAGUAUCGUCGCAGCUUUGACUCUGAUUUCAGUGCUCCGCUGGUGGUCUACUACGUGUGGCCGGCUCUGGUGGAAGGAAGCACGGUAGUUGUUAAAGGCGAAGCCGUGACCAAAAGAGGCGUACUGUGGAGUAGAAGCAGGAGCAGAAGUACCAGCCCUGCACGCUCCCGAUCUCUCAGCCCGGCCCGCAGCGUAUCAUUUAGCAACAGAAGAAGCCUGUCACCUGGACGCCUCACUACCAGACACCUGUAAGCACUCGCCUCAUUGGUCAAGAGGCGAGUCCACCUGUGCUUCCUGUAUAUGAAAUAAACUUUUACGGAUUUGUUUACUUGA